GGGACCGGUGCAGCCAACAAAAAUAGAAUGUUUCGAACCCGAACACAGCUGAUUGGAACCUGCUCUCUGUGAUGAAAUAUACGAAAUAUUUCACUGGGUGAGAGAAGACGAUGUUGUUUAUUUAUCUAGGUUUAAUAUGAACUAAGUUUGGAAUCUCACGAGCCAAUAAUGGCAUCCCCAAGAAGUAAACCUCCUCCAAGGUGUAAUGUUCGACAAGGGAGCAUAGUAGACUUGGACGUGGACAUCAAUCUCAAGAUUUCCAACUACGAGGACACUGUCCAUCAGCUCGACUUGAAUUAUGGCCUAGUGAAGAGGCAGCUGCUUCGGCACCAGAGCCCCAUCACCGGCAUGUUCCCCGUGCUGUCGACGGACGAGACCGUGGCGAGCGUGCGCGAGAGCGUGUACUGCGCGGCCGCUGUGUGGAGCCUCUACCAGGCCUACAGGCGCAUCGACGACGACCGCGGGAAGUCGCACGAGCUGGGCCAGUCGACCGUGAAGUGCAUGCGCGGCAUCCUGGAGUGCUGGGUCAAGCAGGCGCCCAAGAUAGAGCUGUUUAAGAAGAACCAGUGCAACAAGCACGCCCUCCACUGCAAGUUCCACCUCGCCACCGGCGACGAAGUGUACGUUGACGAGGAGUACAACCACUUGCAAAUCGACGUGGUGUCGCUGUACCUGCUCUUCCUGGUGCAGAUGAUCACGUCGGGCCUGCAGAUAGUGUACACGCGGGACGAGGUGGCGUUCGUGCAGAACCUGGUGUACUACGUGGAGCGCGCGUACCGCACGCCCGACUACGGCACCUGGGAGCGCGGCAGCAAGUACAACGACGGCACGCCCGAGAUACACGCCAGUUCCAUUGGAAUGGCUAAAAGUGCCUUGGAAGCAAUUAAUGGCUUUAACUUAUUUGGGGAGAAAGGAGCAUCGUGGUCUGUUAUAUAUGUUGAUAUUGAUGCGCACAACAGAAAUAGGAGCAUUUUCGAAACUCUUCUCCCGCGGGAAUCAAGUUCCAAGGGCGUCGAUGCUGCGUUGCUGCCGACGAUACUGUUCCCCGCCUUUGCGACGCACGAGGAGGUUCUCGCGACGGAGACGAAAGCCAACGUAGUGCAGAGGCUGAAGGGACAGUAUGGGUUCAAGAGGUUCAACCGCGACGGUUACAAGACCAAGCUGGAAGACACGAGCAGAAAGUACUACCGCAGUGGAGAAACCAAGGAAUUUGAAAAUAUUGAGUGUGAGUGGCCACUGUUCUUCGCGUUCAUGAUCAUCGAUGGUGUUUUCAAGACCCUUCCGGAUCAGGUUGAGGAAUACGAGAAUUUACUGAAAGAAAGAAUCGUGAAAGAAGCAAAUGGAGACCCGGUGAUCCCGAUGUGCUACUACGUGCCGGCGGAUCGGGUGGAGGCGGAGAAGCAGGAGCCGGGCAGCCAGGCGCGGCAGGCCAGCCCCGAGGGCUGCGGCGGGGCGGGGGGAGUGUUCCUGUGGAACCAGGCCAUGCUGGUGAUAUCGCAGCUGCUCACCUCGGGCCUGCUGCACGUCAACGAGCUGGACCCCAUCCGGCGCUACCUGCCCUCCUACAACCGGCCCCGCAAGGGCGGGCGCUACUCCGCCUUCCAGGCAAAACCUUCAAUAGGCACGGCCACGGACCUGGUGGUCCAGAUCGUGCUGAUAGCGGAGUCGAUGCGGCUGCAGGCGAUGAUGGCGACGUACGGCAUCCAGACGCAGACCCCCCACGAGGUGGAGCCGGUGCAGAUCUGGUCGUCCAAGGAGCUGGUGCAGGUGUACAAGCAGCUGGGGGUCAACGAGAAGCUGGGGCUGCAGGGUAGGCCGGCGCGGCCCGUCGGGGCGCUGGGCACCAGCAAGAUCUACCGCGUGUGCGGCACGACGGUGAUGUGCUACCCGCUGAUCUUCGAGGUGUCGGAGUUCUACCUGUACCGCGACAUGGCCCUGCUGAUAGACGACAUCAAGACGGAGCUGCAGUUCGUGGGCCGGUACUGGAGGCUGUCCGGGCGUCCCACCGUCUGCCUGCUGAUUCGCGAGGAGCACAUGAGGGAUCCUCAGUUCAAGGAGAUGUUGAGCCUUUUCGCGAUGUUGAAGAAAGGUCACUGCGACGGAACCAAAGUUAGAAUUGGGCGUCUGCAGAACCUAGUGGCUUCUUCGUGCAUAGAACAUUUAGACUUCAUGAACUCGUCAGACAUGCCAGACGACGUGGAAGGCACGUUCCAGCAGUUCAAGCAACUGCAGCACGACUACAUCGGCUACCAGAGCCUCACGGACGUUCCCAAGGCCACCGUGUACUCGGAAGACAUCAAGAACUUGAACUUCUUCACGAACAAGCCCAUCUGGGAAGUGGUGGAAGAGCUGAAGAACACGGAAGGUCUCCACGCCAGGGCUCAGUUGUUGGGGGUGCUGCUCAAGAGAGAGGGUUCCAACUACGAAUUUGAUGGGAAAACUGUGGAGCAGCACCUGAAGGCCUUGUACCACCGCGUGGGCGGGCUGCGCUACUGGGUCGCUGUGCGCUACUGCAGCAGCCUGCUGCAGCACACCGUCGACAGCAUCAGCCCCUUCAUCACCACCGUGCUCGUCAACGGCAAGCAGCUGACGGUGGGCGUGAUAGGCCACCAGGAGACGGUGUUCGACAAGCCGAUGACGCCGGCGGAGAUCCAGUCCGUCAUGUUCUCCACGGUGCAGCCGUACGACGUGAUCCUGGCGGUGCUUCAGCAGGAGGUGGUGCUGUACUGCGGCCGGCUCAUCGCCACCGACCCGGAGCUCUUCAAGGGCAUCCUCAAGAUACGGGUCGGGUGGGUGCUUGAGGCCAUGAGGCUGUACUUGCGGAUCUCCUCCGACUCCAAGUCCCUGGAGAGCCACAGCCCGUUCGAAGUUCGGCAGCUGCUCUACAAGAUCCUCACUGUGAGGGAGUGGGGCGCCGACGAGAACCUGACGCCCCUGCAGCGCCGGCAGCUGGAGGGCUGCCUGUGCCGAGUGCCCCCGCACUUCUACAACCAGGUGUGGGACGUGCUGGCGCGCACGCCGCAGGGAGCCUGCGUGCAGGGCUGCCACCUGCCCCAGCAGCCCACGCUGUCCAACAUGAUGCGCAGCGAGCUCAACUUCGCCCUGGAGGUGGAGCAGACGCUGAACCACGUGCCCCGGCCCGAGUACCGCCAGAUCAUCGUCGAGCUCUUGUGCAUCGUCUCGACCAUCUUGCUGCGGAACCCGGAGCUCAGCUUCCAGCACCAGCUGGAUCUGGACCACCUGAUUCAAGAGGCUUUCAGGAUGUUCUGCACGGACAACAAGCUGGGGAGGAGCGAUGAUUCGACCGACCUGACCCCGUUCUGCUCGACGCACUACUCCGUGACGAUCGGCUACCUGGCGCGGGCGGUGGUCAACAACGUGCUGCAGGGGGGCCAGCUGAUGACCGCGGAGAGCGACGACGACAUCGGCCAGGAAGACCCCUGCCGGCUGUCGUGAGGGAUACGCGUUUCCCCCUUCCGGCGCUAGUAGUGAAAUUAUACAAGUUCCUUUUGUUUAGAAUCUUCUGAAAUUUUCGCAGCUUGUGUUUAAGUAACUGCCAGAUAUGUUUCGUACUAAACUUAUGUGUUGUUUAUGUAAUUAUCACCUUUUUAAUGAAUGAUUAGAGGAGGUAGGCGAAGCUUCGAAAGCACUAAUUUGAAACAAUUUUUCGCCAGAUCCAUUGAUACAGUAUUAUGUAACAGCCCAUUAUAGUUUUUGAGCAACUUUGAGAUAAAAAAAAUAACUUAAAAGAAAAUUUCAAAUUACGUUUGUGAGGUUUUUUUUUUAUUUUAAAAUAAGCCUUCAUGUGCAGAUAUAAACUUAGAUUUUUUUUUAAUUAUUUGUUUCACAAUUAAAUGUCCAGCUUUGCCUACCACUAGAAUAUUUUUUUUGUGUAUAUCUAUGAAGUUUGAGAAUGUAAAUCAUACUUCAAUAGCAUGAAAUAUUCUGCUGUCAAGAAUCUAUAAAUUGUGCAGAAUAGGGAACUUGUUCAGUGGAAAUGGCAGGGGACUUUAAUGACAGUUCCUUUCGCGCAGUGAGGCAGGUUUUCUGUGGUUCGAUACCAACCUCGGGCAUGUUCAUUCGCGAGCACAGAGUCAACGCACAUCUGGUUCACUAUUCUCGUAAUAUUAGACCAUUUGGUAUAAAAUCUUUGCUCUCCGUAUUUUUUAUUUUUGUAGUGAAUGAAAAUAUUAAUUUAUUGUACAUAUCAAGUAGUCAUAAAUUUUUCUGAAUCCAAAUCUUAAUAUUCGGAUCACAAAGGGUACCUACCUCAAAUUCGAAUCUAAUUCUCAAGGUUGAAAAAUAAAAUAACUUACUAGAAAUAAAAAUAAUUAACCCUUUAAAAUGUUGAUUUCAAAAACUAAGUUCUCCAAAUAAAGUUAUGUCGCAAUUUUAUUUACAUCAUUGCAUACUAAAAGUACAGUAUCUUGGGGGAUGGUAAUAGUAUAGGUACGAAGAAAAACCAACUAGACCAAAUAAUUGUAAACAUUUCAAUUAAAAUGUUAAUUAACAUGAAAGUUGCUAAUUCAUAUAUAAAGAAAAAAAAAUUGUAUUGGAUUUUUGAAAAAUCAUUGAAAUGAAAUGCGAGAUUUAUUGCAAUUUUUUAUAGUGAGUUUUAGAGAUUAUAAACGAAUGGAACAUAACCAAAAUUACCAUUCAAGAGAAGAUAAGUUUAAUAUCAACAGCAUCGAAUGCAAACUUCAUUACACAUAAAUACACACAAUACAUAUUUGAAUUCCAUUACAAAGAAAAAUAUACAGUAGUCACAUCAAGCAGUUUGAGAGUUUUCCGUGUUGACUUUUUGAGUUAACUACCGUAUUUACCCGAAAGAUUGAAUGUAAUGUGAUCCCAAACCUUUUUUUUUAUUAUUAUGAGUUUAUGAAAAAGACUUUAUGGAUUAUAAAUCGCUUUCAAAUUCAUAGCCCUCGAAAAUUAGUUAAUUUAUUAAAUUAUAAAUUCCCUAUUUACAAGUUUUUUUCUAGUGCAGAUUUUGCCCCAAAAAUUGUAUUUUAUGACUGUAGUUCAAAAGCAGUGGCUGUUCAAAAAGCAGAGAAUGUGCUGAUGUAGGGUGUCUGGUUCCCCCCCCCCCCCCCCCCCCCCAAGAAACACACUGAAGAGAAGCAGAAACAACCCUGCUUCAAUUGUAUCUGAUCAGUCAUUGGUUUAAAUAUCACAUAUAAUCACGACUCUGUUCUACUGUACUUAAUUGAAAUAUUGAGACCUUUAUAAUUAGAGACCGGAAAAGAUCACGAUUUCAAUGACCUGUAGGAUAUACUCCAUGAUCCUCUAAGCACGCAGGAAAAUCGCGUCUGCUCAUUGGCUACUGACUCGUGUCACCUGUUAAUUGGGAUGCUAGUGAUUCGAUACUUCUUUUGUUGAAAGUUUAUCAUUGGCCGAGUGUCAUUCAUAUAAACUGUGGCCCAAUCACUGAUACGGUAGAAAGGCAAACGUAUUUUGAUUCUAGCCUAUCGUGAAAUGAAUUCGCGAAUUUUUCCGGUCUCUAUUUAUGAUUUAAUUUCAGUCAUGUAACUAACCUCUUGUUGUGUAUCAUGUACUAAAAUUUAAUUUUUUACUGUGACUUUCAGUGUAGGUUUUGAUAGCUUUAUCUUGAUUCUAGUUAAAUUAUUUUUUUUUUUUUACUACGUCAUCUCAGUGAAACUGUAGGUGCUAUAAAGCUGUGCCAUACUUAGUCAUAUAUGUAGAGUUUAAGGCUGGUUACCAUACUUAAUUGUCGUAAAGUUCAUUAUGAAAACUGUAUACAUCUAGGUAAGCCUGAAAUUUGGGGAAUUUUUAAGAACCACACAAGUUUAUUUUUAAUUUUUAAGUGAGUAAUGAAAUCUUUAAAAUAUUUCCAGGAAGCGUGAAAGUGAAUUGCAGUGUUAAUUUAAAGUCAUUGCUCCCCAGACAGCUUAGUCCAGAGUAUCUUUUUAAGUCCCGAAAGUCACGAAAAAGUAAUGAAAUUGAAGGUUUUGGUCACGAAAGUUACGAAAAAGUAGCAAAAUAAACAGUUAACAGAAGUAUGAAACUUAUAUUUUCAGUAGCCUUUAGCUAUCUUGUUUUUGAUACCCUGCUUCAGUUUAUAGUCAUACCUUAAACUUAUAAUUGGAGAUAUCCACUUAAACCAGGAGGAAAGUAUCUUUGAAGAAGUUUUAGAUUUCUGACUCAAAAAUUGGCACGUACCUGAAAAUAUUAUAUGUGUAUAAUAUUUUAUUAAUCUGUCCUGAAAGAGUACUGAAAUUGGUUCUCCAGGUAUUUUUCCUUGCCCUACGAUUACUUCUUAUGUAUAUCUCCACAAUUAGAAAGUCCCAUAUGCGAAGUUAAUAUUAUUUGCAAAUUUUAUUUUACCACUGUAAAUUUUAGCUUUCAAUAAGUGCCUUAAAAUUUCCACUGUUUUUUUGUUUAAAACUGAGAAAUUUUUUCUUUUAUAAUAAUAAUAAUAAUAAUAUAAACUUCAGCAUUGACCCCAACUAAACAAAUUUCAAUCUGAAGAAGCCCUUGUGUGACAUGUUUGAAAUGUGGUGAAGAAGAUUAUUUUCAUGCUGUAAAAUGAUUUAAAAACGGUAUAUUUUACUAACAAAUUUUCCAGAUUCCGGGGGUUUUGCUUGAGAACCAAAACCAAUUUAAUAAUUUGUGUAAAGUUAUAAAGACAAAUUCCUAGUUUUAGGAAGCCAAAGUAUUUUAGAUGAAUGUUUAAAAUUUUGAAGUAGAGUUUGUGUAUUUUUUUGCUCAUUUAUUCAUGUGUUACUCAGAAAAACAUUUUGUUAAUGUUUGUUUGUACGUAUUUCUAUUGUAAAUAUGUAUAUCUAUAUGCAAGCUUUUUAACAGUUCGAGCAUUUUCGAGCACAAAAAUAAUAUGUGACGUGUACAGUACUUUCAGACAUGGGUACUGGCGAGUUUGCAAGUGAAACAAUACGUUAACUGUUAACUUUUUAGCAUCAUUGUAACUUAAAUAGUUAAUUUUUCAACCAUUCAACUUUUACUAAACAAUUCAGUUUUUUUGUGAAUAAAAAAAACUUAUUGAGUUAUUUUCUAGUUAAGUUUAAAAAAUAUUUUUAUGCUCUCCUUUUCAUUUUAAAAAUGAAAUGAUUUUGAACAAACUCACUUUUGUGUUAAUAACUUAUUAUUUUAAGUGACUAGUUUUCUUUUAAGUUCCAUGCUGAUAUGUAUAAUGAAAUUUUGUUUCGUUAUACCAAUAUAACCUGGUUUAACAUAAAUAUCCGUGAGAAUCAAGUAAACAAAAUUUUUAUGUUUUUUUUUUUUACCAACUUUUAAUCUUUUACUUUUUUGAGGCAUUAACUUUUAAUAUUUCUAAGUUAGUUUUUUGGCACAAUAACUUGAACUCGAAAAUUUUUUUUUUUUUUUUUUAACUAACCUACCCAUAUCUGUGUACUGGUGGUGAAUGACAAUUCACAGGUAUCGUGAAACACAAUUGUAUUUUGCGCUAUCGGUUUGUCUGUCUGUACUCCCAAACUUUUUUUUUUUUUUUUAUGUCAUGAUUAUUUUUUGUCAGAAUAUUUCAAAUAUUUGAGAUGUAAUAAAAACCUAUUUCCUAAAAUAAAACAGGCUAACCUCUUUUAUCCGACCUUAGCAACAAGUGUCACUGGGUGACAUUU